AUGACUGAUAAGAAGAAGAAAUUUUUUAUAAAAGAUGCUUCAAGCACUCCAAGAAGACCAGUAAUUUUAAAAUCAGAAAGGGAUAUUUCAAAAGAUACUACAAAAGAAAAAAAUGAGAAGGAAAAACAGCCUACUAUCAUAUUAAAAACUCGCGAACAGAGUACACCGAAAGAGGAAAGGUCAAUAAGCCCAAAGUCUUUAGGAGCAGAAUCAGAAGCCACACAACCUUCAAAAAUUGCACAUAAUGAAAAUAAAGAAAAAAAAGAACAAAAGUUAAGUCAACCUAUAAAAUUGAUGACAAAACCUGUAAAACUAUUAGAUGAGAAUUUAGAGUUCAAUACAUCAGCUGUAGAAUUUCUCAAUGAUGCUAAUAGCAACUACCUGGUUGUGGGCAUAAUAGGUACUCAAGGUGUAGGAAAGUCAAUGAUUUUAAAUUUAAUAGCUCAAAAUGGACCUGUAAAUGACUUAUGGAAACAAAUACUUAAUUCUCAUGAAGUGCCUAUAGACUCUACAUAUGAUGGCAAUGAUAUAACAGCAGUAGAAAAUCAAAUGGAAAACUUAAAUUUUGAUGAAACUCCUGAAACACAAGACCCACAGAAUAAAUUUAAGUUUAAAAUGCAAGACAUUGAAUAUAUUGAAAGAGGAGUUCACUGUACAAAAGGUAUAGACAUGUAUAUAACAACAGAUCGUGUAAUUCUACUCGACUGUCAACCACUAUGGUCACCAUCACUAAUAGAAGAAACCAAUACAAAUCCCAUAACAGCCAGAAGUGCCAACAUUAUUACGGUGGAUUGUCUUCAAAUAGCAUCAUAUUUGAUGGCUAUAUGCCAUGUCUUAGUAGCAGUUCAAGAUUGGUUUACAGAUUAUAACUUUUUGCGUUAUAUACAAGCAGCAGAAAUGUUAAAACCGUCCCUCUCAGCGUCUAACGCGGCGAAUGCGAACACUGAGGGUACCGAGUCUACCUCAAGUGGUGAGAACCACCCACAUUUACUUCUAUUACACAACAGAUGCCAAUUAGAAGAUUUUACACCAGAAUCUGUUAAGACUAUGCAGGACUUAUACAGGAAAGCAUUCCAAAGGUCAAACCUACAACUGCAGUCGGGCAUGUAUAUGUACUGUGACACAAACAAAAACGGCGUGAAUAUUAACAAUGUCUGCAAAGCGUAUAACGUUGAAACUUGCGGAUCGCCCAUUAAUUUGUUUCUGUUACCAGAGAUAUAUAGCGAUUUUGAUAAUCAUGAUAUUUAUCGUGGUCACCUCGACUUCGAACAAUUAGCAAAACGGCUGCGUUGGAUGAUUCUAGGUGUUAAUAGACACCAAAUAACGAAUGUACCAAAUCUUUCUGAGAAAGGCUGGUUCCAAUAUUGCAACAAAGCUUGGGAAACCAUAAGAAUGUGUACUUUUUUCAUGGAAUAUGAACGAUUUCUACCA